CUUAACAAAAAAAUAAUGCAUCAUUUGCAUAAAACGCAGUGUUGAGUGCUUCUCUCUAUCUCGCUCGCUCUAUCUCUUCCUCCUGGCUAGGCUAGCCUGCUGUUGUAACGGUAAACGCUUAAGGUCGGCUUCUCAAGAUGGUAUCGCUGAUAAAAAACCAAUUGCUGAAGCACUUGUCCAUCUAUACAAAGAACCUUUCAUCGGACAAAAUCAAUUUGAGCACAUUUCGCGGCGAGGGUGAACUCUCGAACCUGGAGCUGGAUGAGCGUGUGCUUACCGAGUUGCUGGAGCUGCCCAGUUGGCUGCGUCCUUAACCUCCGCCUGGUGCCAAUCAUGUGUCCUUUCGCAUAAGCUGGACGAAGCUGAAAAGUGUGCCUAUAACGCUGACGCUCGACGAAGUGCGUAUUACCAUAGAGACCUGUAAUCCCACAACGCGUGAUGCUGCUGGGGGCAGCGGCAGCGGCAGCGGCAGCAGUGGGACGACGACGACGACGGGCGCAGCGCUGCCACAAGUGCCUCAGGGUAAAUACAGUUUCAUACACAAGGUCGUCGAUGGCAUCACCAUUGUGGUGAACACUGUAAAUGUGAAUUUCGUAAGUGCCGCCUUCACUGCCUCCGUGCAAAUGUCACGCAUACGCGUCGAGUCCAAGACGCCCAAGUGGGUGAAUGCAGAUCUGCGACUGACACGUCUGAAGGAUGCACAAAAGGGCAUUAUACUUAUCUUCAAGGAGCUCAGCUGGCAAACGGUGCGCAUUGAGGCGAGUUCUACGCAGGAUAAAUCCUUGACGCCGCUGCGGCUGUUAACAAAUCACGCGCGUUGUCGCAUCACAAUACGCAAGCGACUGGCGGACUGCACGCUGCUGGCCUCACGCCUGGUGCUUAUACUGGAUGAUUUGCUUUGGGUGCUCACCGACUCGCAGCUGAAGGCGGCGCUGCACUUUGUCGACUCGCUGUCCGGACUGAUCAAGGCGGCAACGCAUGCAACACAAAAGUCCAAAGCGGCUAGAAAAUUACAAACGCUGCCGGAGUAUCAAGCGCAGCUGGCGCAGCAGCAGAAUCGCCAGCCGGAGACGCUGCAUACGACAACAGCUCAGCGCAUGUUCAAUGCGUUUGAUGUGCGCGAAACUUCGUAUCAUUUCUUUAGUCAGCGCAUUGAUUUGCAUUUGUGUGAUGAUGAGGGCGAUGGACGCUCCAGUUAUCCAGAGCUGGACAAAGGCGGCGCCUUGCAGGUGUCUGUUACCGCCUUUCAAGUGGACUACUAUCCGUAUCAUUUGGCCAAAUCGGAUCGCUCGCACUGGGCCAAGUACAAAGAGGCUUCGGUAGCGCCAGCGCUUUGGCUUAAGGAAUCACUGAAUGCCUUUCGCGAAGCUGUGCUCAAUCUCAGUCAGCCCAAUCGUCCGGCUAUGCAUGCGCCGCUGGAACGCAGUCAGCCUGCCUCACCCAUUAUGCUAAAUGCUGCGAUGCUUGGCUCCAAUGGCAGCAGCACACCCACAGCCUUGGGCGCUGCUGGCUCUGGCUACAAUUCCGCUGGCGGCUCCGGCACUGCCUCUGCCAGCAGUCAGCAUACCCAAGCUACACAGCAGCGCAGCACUUUGGAUAAUCUGGCCAAGCUAAUGAGCGCUUGUGUUAUACUUAGAAUUGAAGAUUUUACGCUUUAUCGCGUUACCACGUCGGGUAAAAAGCAAAUGCCCAAGGAGUUUGUCUCAGGUGAUAAGGAUCGUUAUUCGUUUCCCGCCGAGAUGCCCAUAGUGCAUGCCGAAUACACGUAUUUCUAUUAUCCCGGUGAUUUUGUUUUUCCACUGCCGCCUUCAAAAUUAUUUAUGCACAUAAAUCCGCUGCAAGUGCACUUCGAUUUGAGUUCUAUUUUAUGGCUUAAUUCAUUUGGACUGAAUCUGCACGAGAGUUUGCUGCGCACCAGCGUCGGCUCCCAGACCAAUUUGCCGGAGGCGCGUGGACGCGGCUCAAUUGCCUCCAAUGCUACCGCAAGUGGUGGUGGCAGCCAUAAUGGCUCCAAUGGCACACAGUUCUUGGUGGGUGAGGAGCAGCAGGAACCGAAUCUGAUGUACAUGGAUGUCAAAUUGGAGGCGAUAAUGCCGCGUGUGGUCAUGGAAGCGGCGCUGGAUGCGCCCAAUCAAAAGGAUCGGCCCAAGAUAAUGCAAAUACAAAUUUCACGCUUCGCUCUAACCAAUAUACGCGAAAUGGGCAGCUCUCGUGCGGAUUUGGCGCAGGCGCUGCACUCACUGCAGGAGGGUUCGCUGGUGUUUGGCAGCGGCUUUCCAGCCAAGCCGCAGGACAUGUGCAUUGUAACGGAUCGCAUCCUAUCGCAUGUGGCUGCCUCCGAUGUCAGCAUGAUGUCCGCACCCAUGUCGCCAACGCAGCCACAGCUGCCACGUUCCGCAUCCACACAGUACCUGUCACGUUAUGCGAUGUGGUCGGAGCCGCGUGAUGUUUGGUGCAUUAAACUGGAUCCCAUUUGGGUGGAUUUUCUGGGCGCGCGCUCGCUGGGACCCAACAAGGCUAUACCCUUUGUCGAUGCAGUGCCCAUAACGCUUUGGCUGCACGCUGGCCAGGCACAGGCGCAACUGGAGCUGCCACCCAGCUCACAUAUGCAGCGCAUGGGUUUGGAGCCGUUGCCUACGCUGCCGCCGCUGCCGCGUAAUCCUUUCCUCAGCGAUGAAGAUGUGCGCAUGCCGCCGCCAGAGCCCGUUGCCACGCCCACUGAACGCACUGCGGAUAUGCAUGCCAUUGCCCACAUAUCCAAUCUGGUCAGUCUGCAAAUCGAUCAUUAUCAGCUGCUGUUUCUGCUGCGUCUCGCCGAGGAACUCAAUGAAAUGUCCACGUUUCUUAAUCUGGAUGCUGAGCGCAUCUUGCAAAAGCAAAAUCAACAAAAAUCGUUAAUUUUUGGCUGCGUUGUGCCACAGAUUGAGCUGACGCUAGUGAUGCCAUCGCCAACACCUGGUAAGGAAUCAAGUGGUGGUGAUGCUGAAAGUGUCUUACCCGAUUCAGCUAGUUUGGGUGAUGAUUUACACAUGCAUAGUGGCAACAUAACUUGGCCAACACCGCCGCCAUUGGAGCAGCUGAAGAGCAAUACGUUUGGCAGCGUGGAGACGCCAUCGCCAGUGAAUGAUCCGCCCUACGAUAGUGGCAUACAUAUAUCCAAUCCAAAUACGCAUGGCUACAAUGUACAAAUACAAAGCACACCCACUUUGGCUAGCUCGACGCCCAGUCAGGGCUCUGGCUCCAGGCCAGACACUGGCAUAUCCAUGCAAUCGAACUCGUCUGCGUCCAAAAGCUUGAAGAGCACACGCGCUGGCGGCGCUGGCAGCGAAACUACGCCCAGUCUAACUAAAGAAAUCAAUUCGGGACUGCUUUCAAUGAAGAAAGGCUUCUCCAGUUUUAUGACUUCCAUUGAUUCGGCUAUCAAAUCGGGCACACCCAACGAUGAUGCCAGUGAUACUUUCUCAGUGCAAAGCGAUAUGAGCUCCGAUUCGGAAAACUAUGCAAUUGUUAUGGGCGAUGACAAGACCAUGGACUGCAUGGAUGUAAUGUUUCGCUUGAAUCCAUUUACAACGGAUACCAAUGUAAAGGUGUCACCUGUGGAAGUGGCCAGUGAAGUGUACGAGGAGCCCAGCAGCUAUAAAACCAACAUGUCUUCACCCUCGGAGCCAUCGGAGGGCAGCACUUGGCGACGUCGCGAUCUUGUUUCCAUGGCUACCUUUAGAUUAACAACAGUUGAGCUCAUACGUCAGCAGGAGGGUCCGCAGUCCUCGGUGCGUUUGCAGGUUGCUGCAGUUUCUUGUGAUGAAUGCGGCGCCAUUCCCUGGGAUGAGCUGCAGCUUGCGCAACAAGCGAACAAGACAAAGUUUGGUGCACGCUGCAAAGCUUGGAAUUUGGCUGCCUAUAAUCCAGAGGCGCCACCCUGCAUACGAUUGCGCCUGGAGGAGUCACUAGACAUGCCCAAGGAUAUAGCUGGACUUAUAGAUCGCAAGCGCAUACAAAGCUGGAUAACGCAUCAUGCUGAAAUACGUGUAAAGGAUAUUAGUUUGGACUUGUCGAUGAGCACAGUUAUAGGCCUAGCGGACUUAGCUGAGGAUGAAAUAAUAACACCACCCAUGCCUGUUACACUUGAUCUCGAAAAUGUGCGCAUUAAUUUGCUGGAAGAUCGACCGCCAGUUAAUAUUACAUCACCAGGUCCAGUGCCCAUUAAUCUAAGCAUUGGUCGCAUGCAUUUGGAGCGUGAUAAAAGCGGUCAGCUUAAUAUAGAGCCAAUUGCUACAAAUUUAAAUGAGCAAACUUUGAGCAGCGCUUUGUUUGCUGCGCCACGUGCACAUGAUCGUGAAGUGCUGGCCAUGCAGCUGGUGAUGCAACAAAUGAAACUGGAUAAUGAGCAGCUGCGUCGACAGCUAGUGGACAGCAAAAUUAAUACAGAUAAUUAUAGACAAAAAAGCAAACAGGAAACGGAUGUGCUGCGCUCAUAUUUGAAAGCUGCACAGGAUGAUAUAAGCAUAUUGCUGGAAGAAAAGAAAGCGCUGCUGGAUACCAUACGCUCCAUGCAGCUACAACUGACCUCAUCGAAUGUGAGCCGCAAGAACGAGGGCAAUAGGUAGCAUAACUGCAUGGACUGCAUACAAUGCUGCGGCGAGAAUAACAACGCCUAAGCUCCAGGCUCCUCUGUAUGCUCAACAGUCACACAACAAACAGCCAAAUUCGGAAUGCAGACGUCCUUGUUACAAUAGCAACUACUAUUAGCGCUUUUCUAUUUUCAAUUUGUUUAAUUUUUGUAGCAGAAGACUGAGCCGCGCUUCUUUAAGCGGACACUAUUCACACACGUUGCCGUUCGUUGUCAUAUUACUUACAAAUUACAAAGAGAGACAAACGUUAUAUUUACAAACUAUACAACAUAUAUUAUUAUUUCAAUGUUGUUGCAUAUGCUAUUGUUCCAAAGAAUGUGUUUUUGUUUUAUUUUUUCA